UAUACAUUAAAAGAACAGAAUAUACAUAUAAUAUUUGAUACUUUUAUGGAUUACUCAAGUGAAGAUAAAGAAAAUGAUUAUUUUGCUCAAGAAAACUUUCCAGCGGAUAUUUCACCUCGUUUGGCCCUAUUAUUCACGAGAAUACAAUAUAGAGGGACUCAACCACUAUUUCCAGCAUCUUGGAAGGAAGGAGAUGAAGUUUAUUGGUAAAAGUCUAAUAAAAUACAGAUAGAUUUUCUUGGACUUCCAUCUACUCUUUUUGUUCAAAAUAACUCUAAUUUUAAGCCUCCGAUAUGUUCUAUGAAUAAUACGGAUAGUGGUGAAUUCAGAGGGAAAUUAGCAUUUAAAAGAUUAGUAUUUCUUGGACGAGAUAUUCGGGAUAGAAUCCAGUUGAAUAAGGAAUAUCGUUUACCUCAUGAUUCUCUUGCUAUUGAGCCAUAUAUUUUGAGUGAGCUUAAACGUUUUCAGCAAUGGAUGGAAAAAGAUAGCGUAGGACUUUUUAAUCUUGAAAAGACGAAGAUUCCAUAUCUUAUAUAUGUAUCAUCAUGCUAUUCUAACCUUUCAAAAAAUGUAAAUAUGAAUAUUAAUAAUGAUUAUAUGGUUGUCGCAGAAAAAAUGGAAAACAAAUUACGAGAAGCAGCUCAAUACCAUAGACAACGGAUUUUGUCAAAAUAUACGGAUCAAUAUUCCCUUUAUAAUCCACUAACACCUCCUCGCGAAGAAUAUGAAAAUACCCAAGUAAUAGCGAUUGAUAAAUUCCCUACAAUUUACGGUUUUGCUAUAUGCAGGUCUCAAGUUGCAAUUGUCUCACUGAAUUCAAGUGAUUUGAAAAAUCCUAUUCGAACAUUACUUGUUAUAGAUUAUUGUAAUGUUACACAAGAUUUAUGGUCUGCCAUUGCCAUCGCAUUAACAAUGGUUGCAUCUAGAGAUGAGACAAUAGAAUGGUCUUAUUUUGGAGGGACUAGUGAAAUUUCAAAUUUAACAAAACAAAUGGCUAACGUAAAAAUGACGGAGGAUGUCGAUUUUUGAUUAAAUUGAUGAGUUUUGAUUUACACAUAACUGAAGCUUUUUUUUA